AAUGAAGAUAAAUCAAGGUGGUGUAAAACGUAUCGGUUAUAAGAAAUUAUUUCUGGUAUUUGGCUGUCUAUUGAUAGCUUUUUCAUUUUUCUUCAUAUUGAAACUGCAAGGUAAUCCUCUAAUAAUGUUAUACACGGUGUGUAAAAGUAUUUAGCAUUUAGCGAUGCGAAGCACAAACGUCCUCAGUGUAGUUGACACAUGGUGAGGAAAUUAAAAGGAUUAGGCGAACACGAACUUGUACAACUAAUGCAAUCCCAAUGGAUAGAGCGUUAGAGGUUUUGUCCAAGAUAUAUCGAAAUGUUAUUGUUUGUGGAUAUUGGAACGUGCUCUGCCAAAGCCAUUAUAGUCGUUAAAGGAUUGUUAUGGAUAGAUAUAGGGGCUAUUUAUUACGCGGGAGUUAGGGUAGGCCUUAAAAUGGCGCGGCAGCGUGGUUUUGUGGGCAUAAAUUUGCUCAAGAAUUUAGUUUAAGACACAUUUAUUUCUUCAAAACAUAAGGUCUGCUUCUAAGAGCGUAUCGUUAGGUAUUUUUAAAGAGUUCUCGUAUUCUUGUCUGUCUUCUGGUGACAAUCCUAUUUUAUAACGUAACACACACAUGGAAACCACUCCUUUUCGUGUCCAUAUUGAGUCACUGACAACCUGAGCAUUUUGACAGCACGUUCGCAAGGCUAAUUUCAGUCAAGGUUGACGAAGACGCAGACGUUUUCCAGGGGUGUUGAAUAGACUAGAUUAAAACAUCUUUUUGAACGUAUAUCCUAAACUAAAAAUUGUGGAAUGAAUGGUUGUUUUAGUUUGCAUGGGUAUAUGUUAUUGCUGCACAACCCUUUACUAUAAUAGCUAUAUGUUACGUAAAUCAAGGUACCUAUUUAAAUUUUAGCAUAAUUUUACGGAUUUCUCACAGCUAAUAUAAUAUUAUUUAAAAAGUAUUCGGACCAGUCCAACUCCUGUCUCACUGAGAACAGUUUUUUAGAUACAUAGACAAAAUGUAGAAAGAAAUUGAGUUUCUUAAAAUACGAAGCCUAGAAAUCUCGCCAAACUGAUUUAUAAGCGUGCCGUAAUUAUAUUUGCACAAUAAGUAAAGGACGUUCUAAUUUCUUAACGUUGCCCAGCAGCCCAGGCCAGAUUUAUGAAAAAAAAUGUGACGUGUUUUCAAAAUUUUUAGGUGUUAUGCCAGGAACAAAUACGAGUAUGAAACCAGGUACUGUGCAGUUAUAUUUCCAUACUAACAAGUAUUUAGCUACAGCAAAUUUUAUGUCUGCAAUCAGGCGUUGUAAUCACGCGGGAAUAUUACGUCACGCUAGGAAAUCAUGCGAGUUUGCGUGGCAAAAAUAAUAGACAGCACAAAGAAACACUGUCUGAACCUGGCAGACAAUCGCCGAAAUUUUAACGUGGAAUUAUGUGUUGUGAUGUCCCUUGCAAGAGUUGAAUACAAUUUGUACAAUUAAAAUAUCAGUAUUAAACUUGCAAAACAUUCAACUUGAAAAACAUAGUUGUUCCAGAUUGACGAAAAAAAAAACACAUUGUAUCAUCAUACAAAGACAACUCCACACCAGAGAUCUUCGAACUUAUCGUAUAGCCUAAGUGCACAAAUUGUGUUCUGAACUUUAUAUAGAUAAUGAAUGGGACGUGCUACAUAGAAUAAAACUGAGAAUAUACUCACAGACAGACAUGCACACAUUAACAUACAACAAGCGCCAAGUCUUGGAUCGAAGAUAAGAUGACCUGGAGAUAUUACUAUAUAUUGCACAGACAGGAAGAAAAAAAAUAAAGACGAGCAGCGAAAAUAUGAUUUUCUACGAAACAUUGGGCCAUUGGGGAGGGGGGGUGGGAUAAAUUAUGAUGGCCUGUUUUCAUUCCUUUUUUAUGUUGAAUAAAUAAAUGAACACAAUGGUGGAGAAUUUCAUACCUGCUAUAAAAUAGAAUGAUGUUUUUUCCAGAGCGUUAUUGCUGUGAGAUUGAUUUGUUUUCCCUAAUACGAUAUAUGCCAAUUCGUGUUUUUUUUUUAGAUAAAUUAGUGGCUCCAUUGCCAGUUGCUGGUUUCAAGCCAUCAAAGGAUGUCAAGUACCCUACUCCUGAUGACACAAAGUCUGGUAAAUGUUUGAAGAACUACUUUGAAGAUAUCUUGUUAAUUAUCGUUUACCAUUUUCUAUUCUAAAUUCUGAAAUUUAAAAUCGCCAAUCACCAUGCAAGGUUUAUUUAUUCAUUGUGUUUGUAUAUUGUUCUUCUACAUUAUUAUAUACAAAAUGUUUUCUUUUUUCUAAUGGCCCUGUCACACUAUUGCGUUUGAGAGAAACGCAUGAGUAGUGUAUAAAUCAUAUGUAUGGUUUAAUAUGCGCUAUAUGCCUCUCCGUAUCCAUGGCCAUGCGUAUGCCACCGUAUACAACCUAUGCCUAACGUACCCAGUUGGUGUAUUUUUAGACUUAUCUAAAGCCUUUGACACUUUAGACCACAAUAUUCUUUUUGAUAAGCUUGACCAUUACGGAAUUCGUGGAUUAGCUUUGGACUGGAUGAAGAGUUAUUUCUCAAAUAGAACACAAUACGUUCAAUUUAAUGAUUACUGUUCCUGUCCUAAUAAAAUACAAUGUGGGGUCCCACAAGGUUCUAUCCUUGGUCCGCUGCUCUUUUUAAUAUAUAUCAAUGAUAUAAUCCAUGUGUCAAGUAUAUUGGAGCUUAUCUUAUUUGCGGAUGAUACAAACUUAUUUAUUUCGAAUAAAGACCCAAUAGAAUUAACUAAUAUUUUGAAUAUUGAAAUUAGAAAAUUGUCAGACUGGUUUAAAUCAAAUAAGCUUUCAUUAAACUUAGAAAAAACAAAAUUUAUUGUAUUUAAACCAAGACAAAAGAAAUAUAAUUAUACUUUUCAAAUAAUCAUUAAUAAUGAAUAUAUUGAGCAAGUGAAAGAAACUGUCUUUUUAGGGGUAGUAUUGGAUGAGGAAUUAUCUUGGAAAUCACACAUUUCGUAUGUAGCACGUAAAAUGUCUAAAUCCAUAGGAAUAAUGUUAAGAGCCAGUUUUUAUCUACUUAAGAAAUCCUUACUCACUUUGUACUAUUCAAUUGUUUACCCGUAUAUCCAAUAUUGUAAUAUUGUUUGGGCUUCAACGUAUCGAAAUAAUCUUCAUCGUAUCAAUAUACUGCAAAAGCGAGCAAUUAGAAUUCUAAAUAAAUGUAAAUUUGAUGCACAUACAGAACCUUUAUUUAAGAACUGUUCUGUCCUUAAAGUUAAUGAUAUUCUUCUAUUUCAACUGGGUAAACUUAUGUACUCUUAUUGCAGUGGUCUUUUACCAAAUAAAUUUAAUGACAUGUUUCUAUCAAAUUAUCAAGUCCACUCAUAUAAUACAAGGAGUGCGAUGGCCAUUAGAACUCCAUUGUGUCGUACAAAUAUCCGACAAUUUUCUGUAAGAUUUCAGGGUCCAAAAUUUUUUAACUCAUUACCUAUUGAUAUUAUUAAUAUUACUUCUUUUGUUUCUUUUAAAAGAAAAUUAAAAAAUUAUUUAUUAUAAAAUAAAUAAUUACCUUAUACAUUAAAACGAUUUUUUUUAUUUCUUAUACAAAUAUCUAUAACGAAAUGAACGAAUAUUCUUUGUUACUGUGCGCUAAUAGAAUCAAGUGUGUACCUAUUUAUAAUUGGUGUGAAUUUAUAUUUAAUUAUUAUCCAUUAAUACCUACUGUACACUCAUAUUAUCCAUAAUUUAUCAAAUCUUGAAAUGUUAUUUGAUAUUUAUAUAUACUGUACCCUCGAUAAAUGAGGAAGCUUAAAUUUACAUAGGCCUUAUGGUUUCUUUUUUAAGCUUCCUCGCCACUAUUAUCAUUAAUUAUUGUAAAUAAUUUCUUUUUUCCUUACAAAAUGUUGUAAUGGUGGCAAAUUAAAUUAUUAUUAUUAUUAUUAUUAUUAUUACCCGUCUCGUAUACCAGCAUAUGAUUGAUAUUUUCCAUAUACGCUAGUACGAUACGCAAACCAUUGUCAAAGAAUUGACGGUAAAUAAUCUAGAAGUGCAAUAAAAACAAAUAAAAAACCCUCGAUUCACACCCGGAGAUUGUGUUAUCAACCGAAGCCGAACGUUGAGGUUGAGUUACACAAACUGAGGGCUUGUAAUUCGUCAUAUGACUCAUAUCUUGCGAAAACCCAAUUCAAAUUGUUUAAUUAUUCAUACCUCGCGAAAACCAUUUAAAUUGUCUAUUUUAAAAAAUGUAAAAACUUCGCACAGUAGCAUGGUUUAAAUUCGUCGAAAUAAUGACCAGUUCUUUUUCUCAUUUGCAAAAAAAUUUCCUUUUUUCUUUCAUAAGUACGUUAACAAAUAUAUUUCAAAACCUUUUGCGACAGUUUACGUUGAUAUUUCGUCUAGCUUUAUAUUAGUUUCAAGGUCGUUUCCUUUAAAUCUACAAACACCGCCGAGGUUGGUGCCAUAUUAUUUUGGUCAUGUUUCCACAUUUCGUAUUUGUGUUUUCACAGCUUGAAAUCAUAAGUAACAUUAAGUAUGAUUUUUUCAUAACAUUGAAUAUGAUUUUUCAUAUCCAGUGUUAUGACAUCUCGUUGAAUAUUAUGUCAAAACUCCAUAUUUGGUCAACUAUUUGGUAACAAGGGCAGAUUUCGUGCUCGACCAAUCAGCGCAUUUGUUUACACUUUCGCUCUCAGCUAAUCAUAAUGCAGCUAGAAACGCGAAAUUUACACCAAGGCGAACUAGAAAAUAUUGCCGUCUUCUCGGACUUCCGCGACAUUCAAUUUUAACUUUUUAAAUUUAAAACCAAAAGAUUAUGAUAUAGCACAUUAAAAUCUAAAACUUUGCCGUGGGCAUUUUUAAAUUUAACUGCAAAAAUAUAGUCGCAUGGUCGCGAUCAUACGGGAAAUCAAUACAAAACCAUUGUCGGAGCGAAUUUGCAGAAAAUCAGUCUCUCUAAACGCGUUAUCUUCCAGGUUAUGAACUACAUUGACCAAAACGAUUUUCAACAAGAGCGGAAAAGAGUUUUCCAACAAAAACGUAAAGCAGAGAAAAUAUAGCAAUUUUUAGUUUUAUUGCAGUCAAAUUAGAUUAGUCAAAUUUGUACACGCGACAUAGGGAAAAAUUUCAAACAUGGAUAUUAAUUUCCUUUCUAGGACGAAAUUUAAAAAUGCCCACGGCAAAGUUUUAGAUUUUAAUGUGCUAUAAGCCCGAGAAGACGGCAAUAUUUUCUAGUUCGCCUUGGUGUAAAUUUCGCUUUUCCUGCAUUAUGAUUAGCUGAGAGCGAAAAUGUAAACAAAUGCGCUGAUUGGUCGAGCACGACAUCUGCCCUUGUUUAUUGAGUUGAUAUGACGAGUUCACAUGGCUCUUAUCAAAAAAAGAAACGUAACGAUGUUUCUAUUAAAUAAAUACCGUAAAGUCUCGAAAGUAAGCGCCCUGCUUACUUUCGAAAUUAGUGGCCUCAAGGGGCGCUUACUUUUGAGAGGGCGCUUACUUUCGAAGAGCGCCUACUUUCGAGUUGUUAUUUUCAGCAUCGGCCAUUUUUAAAUCCAUGCUAUACAGCAUAUAUGGUAUACAUAUGGAUUAGAGAGUUUCUUUAAUUUAAGAGUUUUACUUAGAUAUGACCGGUAUAUCUAACACUAAUACCGUAAUAUCAUGAUUGCGGUAUUCCCUUUGUUCUCGCAGGGCAAUUAAUAACUAAUACACCUCAUUAUAUUCAUUUUUUCUAAUCCUACCCGCUUUUACGUCAUAUCAGGUAGAAUUAGUUCUAAUCCUACCCGAAACGACGUCAAAGCGGGUACGAUUAGAAAAAAUGAAUAUAUAUGAAAUCGCCAAAACUAAACAAAGACAUGGAAAACAAUUAUACCAUUUAAUUUAUACCAUUAUUUAUUGUUAAUUGGUUUUUAAUGCCCUGCGAGAACAACGGGAAUACCCGCAAUCAUGAUAUUACAAGGUAAUAGCAUAGAAAGAGGCGAAUUAGCAAUUGAAAACGUCCCGCCCGAUGAGGGUCGUUUAUUAAAAUUCCCUUGGGAUAGAUAAACGACCCUCAUCGGGCGGGACGUUUUAAUAGCUAAUUCGCCUCUUUCUAUGCUAUUACUUAUAAUAAAGUCUCGAAAGUAAGCGCCCUGCUUAAUUUCGAAAUUAGUGGCCUCAAGGGGCGCUUACUUUUGAGGGGGCGCUUACUUUUGAGGGGGCGCUUACUUUCGAAGGGUCGCUUACUUUUCAGAUUCUCUAGCAAGUGUUGAAAAAGGCGCUUACUUUCGAGGGGCGCUUACUUUCGAGGGGGGCGCUUACUUUCGAGACUUUACGGUAAUACCAUACCACAUAUUAUCGUGCAGCAAAAAUAAUAUUAACGAGCAGCCAAAAAUAUGAUUUUCUAGUAAACAUUGGGCCAUUUCAUCGGCCAUUUGGCGGGAGGGGAGGGGGAUAAGUUGUGAUGACCUGUUUUAAUUUCUACGUUUAAUUUUGAGUAAAUAAAUGAACACAAUGGUGGAGAAUUUCAUACCUGCUAUAAAAUAGAAUGAUGCAUGUACUAUGAUUUCCGGAGCGACUCCGCGUGGUAUGAAAAUUUCGUUAUUGCUGUGAGAUUGGCUUGUAUUCCCAAAUACGAUAUAUGCCAAUUCGUGUUUUCAUUCACACUUUUGUAGGUAAAUUAGUAGAUCCAUUGCCAGUUGCUGUUUUCAAGCCAUCAAAUGAUGUCAAGUACCAUAAUCCUGAUGACACAAAGUCAGGUAAAUGUUUUUGACGAUUUUAGAAUGGAAAAUGGUAAACGAUAAUUAACAAGAUAUCUUCAAAGUAGUUCUUUAAAAAGAACUACUUUGAAGAUAUCUUGUUAAUUAAUUAUCGUUUACCAUUUUCCAUUCUAAAAUCGUCAAUCACCAAGGUUUAUUCAUUUGUUUGUAUUGUUCUUCUAGAUUAUUAUAUACAAAAUGUUUUUUGGGGCGGUUAUUGAAAUCUGAGGCGGUUCUUGAAAAAAACCAAAACCGAAAAAGGUCAAGAAAAACCCGAAAAACCGGGUUUUUAUCUAUAAUAGGCAUAAAAUAGUGUGACACAUGUUCUUAUUAUGUGAAGAAUGUUUAAUAUAAAAAGCUUACAGCGGUAUUAAAAUAGAAGUAAGAAGACAAUGUUAAAAGAACGUAUUUACAAGUUUUCAGCUAGGAAAGUAAGCAUGUCAACAUUUUCUGGUUUUAAUUAAUGUGCUCGAGAUGGAGUACUGACCUGUCCUGCCUGUAAUCGUUCUGAUGGAGAACUGCUAGCCUGGAUCGCAAAAUACUUUCGGGCAAGCUGACAGAGCAAUGGGAAUAGAUCCAUUAGUACCAUCGCCAGGGGCUUACGCACGGAACGGCGCUCCGCGCCCUUGGCUCGGGGGCAAUACCGCAUAAUUAUUAUCGUACAGCAAGAAAAAAAUAAAGACGAGCAGCGGAAAACACGUUUGCUUUUGAGAAAAUAAAUCACAGAGUGGUUGAGAAUUUUGUUCUUACCAUAAAAUAGAAUGGUGCAUGAUUUAUUCCAGAGCGCUUCCGCGCGGUGUGAAAAUUUCAAUAUUGCUGUGUGAUUGCCUUGUUUUUUUUCUUCCAAAAACUAUAUGUGUCAAUUCGAAUGUUUCAUUCACACUUUUGUAGGUAUUGUACAUCCAUCGCCAGCUGUAGUUUCCAGCCCAUCAAAUGAUGAUAAAUACCACAAUCCAAUCGACACAAAGGCUGGUGAAUGUUUCAAGAACUACUUUGACGAUAUCCUGUUAAUUAUCAUUUACCAUUAUCCUUUCUACGACACACUUCCUUUACUCAUGUCGUUAUAUAAAGAUGCAUUUAAAAAUAUUGUGAUUUGUGGUUCAAAGGACUAUUCCGAGCACCCUAUAAUGGUGGUUGAUAUUGGCCCAGGAUAUUAUGGUUAUGAAUGUGUUGGCGAAGCUAUACGCAGGUACAGUACAGAUCGCUUAGGAAAUUACUUGUCAACAUUAUUUGGAUGGGAUGGACUGAACAUAACUGCUCUUAAUAGGUCAAUGUUGAGUGGCGUUAUGUUUUUUGGGGUUAGACGUGCCUUCCCCUUUUUAGUGCAAAGUUGA